AUGCUUUCCUCCACAAGCAGAUUCGCAACUAAUGUACUUAUUUUCAAUGCCAGUCCAAGGCCACACGGAAACACAAUGGAGCUCUUAGAACAACUCAAGAAAGGUGUUGAAUCAACAGGAAAAACAGCUGAAUUAGUUCAUCUUGCACAGCUUAAAUUCGAUGGUUGCAACGGAUGCUUAGAAUGUAAGUAUAAGGGAACAGAAUCAACUCCAGGUUGCGUUGUUAAAGAUGAUUUAGCCAAGUAUAUUGAUAAAAUCAAAGAUGUUGACGCAUUUGUUAUCGGUUCUCCUGUUUACUGGAGCAACUUCUCAUCCAACUUCUACAAGGCUUUUGAGAAGAUUUUGUUUUCAUAUUCUAACUAUGAUAAUGCCAAGCCACGCAAAUGGAACAAAACUAUUAAGACUGGCCUUGUCUUCUCUGGUGGCGCACAAAAAGAAUACUUUGAUACUGAAUACAUUAAGAUGAUCAAAUAA